AUGUUGCUGGACAAUAAGUUUGAGCUAAAAGUGUCCCGCUGUCUGUGUGAGCCAGUUGUGUUUGAAACCAUGAAUGGGAAGAUAGACCAGCCCGGCCUGAGGACGCUGGCCGUUCUGUGGCUCCAUCCAGGAAGGAUGAAGCCCAGCCUGGAGCUCAGCGCCAAACUCCUCCGAACAGACGACCUGAUGGUGAUGGAGAAUGACGUGACCGAGCCCAAGAGGAAGAGGAGUUUCCCUGGGAACAACACCCCGCUGGACCGGCUGUCCAUGAGCUCCAUGGAAACCAGACAAGGCAAGAAGAAGCAGAGGAAGGUGGCCGAGUCGCCACGGCGACGAAGCAAUCCGCCUCCCAUUGACCGAGUCGGAAGGAGCCGAAUACCGAUGACUCGAGGAUAGCGAGGACGCCCUCAUCUGGACAGUCGAGCCUCUGCAUAAAUAUCAGCCAAACACCUGCUGACCUGCUGACUGGUCAUCUCACCUGGACACGCUUUAAAUGAUGGUGCAUUCAAGUGCAGCUCAAUAAAUUUAGGACCAACAUCUUAAGUCUUAAGGAGAGACAACUUAUUCACAAAAACACAAAAUUCCUGAGGACAUUACAUCAUUUCAUGCAUUUCAAUGCAACUUUCCAUCAAACACCAAAACUAGCAUGUUGCUUAAAUCUGCUUUUAAAGAAGUGAAAAGAAUCAUCGAAUUUUUUUAGUCAAUAAUUAUGAGAAAUGCCCAAAAUAUUCAAAUAAAUGCGACAACAAAGUAAAUUAUGAUCAAAUAUAAAUGUUUACUACCAUAACUGAUUAAGAUGAUUUGAACCAACAGUC